CAUAUAUACACACAUACAUAUGCAUAUAUCUGCAUUCUAAAAAUGUAAUUGGAAAUCCAAUAACACAAAAUAAUUAUAUAUGUAUAUGCAUGCAAUUUGUCAUACUCAGUUUAUUUACGUACUACCAAAAUAAUAGCGCAUAGUUUAAGCACCCCUCAACCUAAUCGAAAUGUAAACAAAUCACCCCCCUCACCGUUAACCAAAACAGUCAAAGUUGAAGUAGCAACGAUAGCGACAGUGGCAGCAAGUCGGUGUAAUCAAUGCACGCCAUCACCAAGAACACCGUGCAAAAUAAUAAAUAACAACUGCGCCACCCUCAUUUUUAGGCAGAGACUUUUACCCGCAUACGUCCCAAUAGUUUUUCCUUUUCGAGUUUGUAUGAGCGGCGUAAGGAUUUAGAGCCAAGAAGCACUUUGUAACUCCAGUAGCUGACCAAGAGUGUUGUAGUGCGGUAGCAAAUUCUAUAUUUAAAUCGUUUGCUAUAUCACUCAAAACUAAAAGUCAAAAUCAAAACUGAAAAUUGGCCUCAUAUGAAAAAUUAAAUGUUAAAAAUUUUGAUUUUAAUGCAAAAUUUCGCUUUUGUGUAUUCGUUAAAAAAUUUCUGUCAAAAUUUUGUAAGAGGCGAUGGCCGAAUUGCUAUCGCGCGAAAAAGAAUUCAUUAAAUUGAAUCAAGAGUUGGACCAGCUAAACGUCACAUCAUUGGAUCAACAAUUACAACAGCAUCAAAAACAAUUGCAGCAUCAACAUCCCAAUUGUAAUAGUGUGGGGAAUAGCGGCAGUAGCGGUAGUGCUGCUGGUACGAACACUGGGAGCGCCAUUUAUAGCGGCACAUCCAAGUCAACGACUAACAAGACUGAUCAACGAUAUUUCACCUAUACAAAGUCUAAGGGAGCAAGCACUUUGCUCAAAAAGCGUUUCAAUAAUGCUACGGCGAGUGUUGGAAUAAGUGCCAAUGGAGCUGGCGAUGGUGCCUCCGAUAUGCUCCCCGAUCUACCCACAGAACGUAACAAUACACAUCGUACACAUACAGCACGUAAAUCGACGCAACAGUCAUCCACAUCAAAUACGCCCAGCAUACGUCCGGAUGGUGAUAAUGUUUUAACAGCACACUCAGAGACGCCGAAAACCAAUCGGACGAGCAGUACAUUGCAUAGGAAGCAAAUUAAGAGUCCGGAAAGUGGCACACGUCCGUACGGACGUUCGAGUAAUUGCAGUUCAAGGGUCAAAGAGUCGGCUUUCACGGUUAAAUAUCGUAAUCCGAAAUUCGUACAGAGUCCCUCUUUGGAGGUGCUGAUACGUGAUGAGAGCGCCUCGAUGCGUGCGAAGGCCAGCGGGGAAAUUGACGAUGGUUACUCCUCGCGGCGUUCGCUUGAGACUGGCCGAAAGCAUAUUAGUCCCGAUGGACUCAUUAAAUUUCUCAAAUCCAAAAUAGCCAUACUUGAAGAGGAUCACGAACGCAUUUCACAAGAGAUGACACAACAAAAGGAGCUGCUCGAAAAGACAUUGGAACGCAACAAGAAAAUCGAACAGCAACGCGAUCAGGCGUUCGCCAAACACAAUGCAAUUGCCGAACAAUUGAGCAAGACUGAGACACAACUUGAGGAGGUGAAUAGGCGUAUGAAGGAGCGUAACAUCGAACAGGGUGGUCAACAGAAGGAGCUCGAGACAGUUCGUCGUGAGCUGAAAAUGUUGUCUCAAACUAACACCAAUCUCGAGAAGCGUUUGUAUCGUGCCAAUGAAGAGUUGGAGAAUACGAAGAGCGCAUUGGCGUUGCUAAAGAAUGCCGAACGUGAACUCAAAGAGUCGAUGCGUGUCGAUGGCGAGACCAAGGAUAAACAGAUUAAAAGUUUGAAGAAGCAACGUGCUGAUCUACUCAACGCUUACAAGAAACAACUCUUUAUUAUUGACAAUCUCAAGCGACAGAAUAUUUGUAUGGAACAAUCGAAGAUGAUUAGUUUCGGCGAAAAAGAAUUCGCAAAAGUACUCGAGUGGAAUACUAAGUUGUAGGUGGAAUAUGAAUGACAUUUGUGAUAAAUGUAUCAUUUUGUCAUUCAUGUUAUAUGCCUAAGUACUCAACUAUUUGCAUGUCCAUGCAUUGACAUUAACCUGCUAAGUCCAACGAUAUCAAGUCCUUCCACAUGCGUGUGAAUAUUUUAAAGAUAAUUUCAACAUAUAUGGGUCUAAACCAUUAUUGUGGUAUUUAUGAGUAAGUAAUACUUAUUAAUAAAGAUUGCAUUGUAUAAAUGCUAUUCGCUUUAUAAA